AUAUAAAAAAAGAUUAUAAGUCUGUGUUUGUCAAUGCCUCUUCAUAAUCAAACAAAACAACAAACAAAUCGGUAAAUCUCAUCAUCACCGCCGCUUCAACAAACAACAACCCGUUUCUUCCUCAUCAUCCAUUUCCAUGGAUUUUGAAACAUAUAAAAAUAUGUUAAUGGGAUAGACUUGAAAAAAAAGGGGUCAAGGUUGUGUAUAAUAUGGAGCUUGAUUUGAAUCAGGAGCCUUUGGAUCAUCAAACUAGUACGUCAGCGGGUUCAUUUGAUUCUAUGUUGGAAGAACUUGAAUCAGCCGAAGAAAAUAUACGAAACCGAAUCAUACACCUUGAAGCAAUUACUUCGAGAGCGAGGCAGCGUCGGGGGUUGCCGCCGAGUUCCUCUCGGAUUCAGGUAACCAAUGUUAUAGGAGAAACUGCAACAGCAGGUGAUGUUCAAGGCGAAGAACGGAGGGAGGAGCGGAAUGAUGCUGGUCAGGAGGAAGGGAUAGUUGAAAGUGUGAAAGGGGGGAAAAGGAAAAGUUCGCAUUUGAUAGCAAAAGCUCUAGGGAUGGAAGAGAUUGAUAAUGGUAAAGUGGAGGAGAGUAGUGGGAAUUUCUUUGAUUGUAAUAUUUGUUUGGAUAUUGCAAGAGAUCCUGUUUUGACAUGUUGUGGUCAUUUGUUUUGUUGGCCGUGUUUCUAUCAGUUAUCGUAUGCCUAUUCAAAAGCGAAGGAAUGUCCUGUUUGUAAAGGAGAGGUUACUGAAUCGGGUAUUAUUCCAAUAUAUGGGCAUGGAAAUGGCGGCGGUGAUUGUCAGAUGGAAAUGAAAGAAGCCGGUUUAAGAGUUCCUCCUCGACCUAAGGCACCUAGAGUUGAGAGUAUUAGACAGAAGUUGCUAACCCAAGGAGCAUCUUCUUCUUCUAUUGUCCAAAGUAUUCGGCGGUUUCAGAACCGAAUUGGUGGAUUUGGAGAGCAAGUUCAGUUAGAAAGCCCUACUAGUACCACACCUGAUAGAAACAAUGGUUUGCCUGUUCAGUCUCGCACGCAGACCGACAAUAAUGAACAUGGUGGUUCUCAACAGGUUUCAAGGUUGCUAGAGCAAGGAGCUUCUUCGUUUUCGUCACUUUCAUCAGCAUUAAAUUCUGCCAUGGAUUCUGCUGAAAGAUUAGUCCAGGACCUUGAGUCAUAUAUCAAUGGUCACAAUACAGGAGGAAGCAGAGAGCAAAAUCCUCCUGCUGUUACUAGAAAUUCAACUUUAGGUGUUGCUGCUACAAACCAGUCAGAGAGUCGUGCUCGAGAUGUUGAUCUGACCAAUUCUGUAGCUGCCGCAGCUUCUGUUUCUCCUUUAAGUAGGAAUGUUGAUAAUGUUGAUAAUGUUGCUGUUACAGGCUCACAAAUUCAUACAACUGAUAGAAAUGUACAGGUUAGUUCGCUAGACCCUUCUUCAUCUAGAAGUAGAAGAGGAAAUCGCGCUUCAAGACAAGUUUCAAAUGAACCAAGAAGAAGAAGAAGACUGCGAUGAUGGUCUUUUAUGGAAUCUUGCUCAAGAUGUUGUUGCUGUGACCGUUUCUACAGCUGCAGCAGCUUCUGUGUCUCUGUUAAAUAGGAAUGUUGAUAAUGUUGCUGUUAUAGGCUCAGAAAUUCAGACAACGGAUAGAAACGUACAGAUUAGUCUGUUAGAUCCUUCAUCAAACGGUAGAAGACGGCAUGGUGUUUCAAGACAAGUUUCAAAUGAACCAAGAAUAUUGAGAUGAUGGUCUUUUAUGUUAGGGAUUGUGCAUUAUAUUCAUCAAAGGUUCCUCGUUUACUUGCAUGCAUACCUACAUUUUGUUGGUCAGCACAAUUUCAUUCUCAGUCUACAAAUUUAUCUUAGUUAUGUAUAUAUAGCAAAUCUUAUUCAAUAGAUGUAAGGAUAUUUGCAUGUUUGGAUUGAUUUAUUUGAGCUUAUCUAUAUGCAUAAGCACUUGUGAAACUGUUUGAUAUAGCUUAUGGAAACAGCUUGUGACAUGUUCAUAGGUUGUUUAUGGCUUAUUCUCAUAAGCUCUUUUGGAUAACUUAUGAAAACAUUUUAAAGCUUA